AUGUCUACAACUUUAAGAGCGUUGAACGCUUAUAGGAAUGGUUUGAGAGCCACACGGGUAGCAUUUGGACGGGACUUGCCAAUGCUUUCUGCUGCCAGAGCCAAAAUGAGAGAGGGUAUGCUCAACCCUCCUAAUCCAGAGCUAUCAUCAGAACAGCAAAUACAACACUUGAAUGAUGUAUCUACCUUUUUGAAAAGAAAUAUCGUGCAAGGCCAAAAAGUAAACCAGGGUCGUUAUCAUUUGAACAUCCACAAGGAUACCGAACUCGGUGACAAUGAGAGCAUCAAGACCACCAAGAAGACCCUCGCUGCACGUGGAGGCGGGUGUUGUGGCGGUGGCAAGGAUCUUUACAAAUAG